AGAAUUAUGUUUUUUUUUUACGUCCAGUGACACUUUUCAGUUGUUUUCUCCUCGUUUUGUGACAGUGUGUCAUUUAUGUCAGUGAAGUUGCUCAAAUGGACAAAAAGUUGUUGUUUUGGUUUCAUUAAACAUGUUUUUUAUGUGAAGAAUUUGCUAAAUCAUCGCGUUUAUUAACUUUUAAGUCAUAAUUCUGUUCAAAAUGUUCCAGUUAAUGAGUUAAAAUGUGCUUAAAAUCCACAAACUUGUGCACGGGAGCUUAAACUUUCACACUGAACUCAUUAAAAUGUUGAUAUCUGCCUCGUUUUUGUGGCUCUCGGUCGGUUUUCUCCUCAUGAUCUGUGUUUUUUUGUUUCCUCCUUCAGACAAGAUGACUCACCACUGCACCAAGUUCUCCGGCCACUGGAAGAUCAUCGUGUUCGACGAGGAGUGCUUCCAGGGCCGCCGCCAUGAGUUCACCUCCGAGUGCUGCAACGUGAUGGAGUUCGGCUUCGAGACCGUGCGCUCCCUGAAGGUGGAGAGCGGCGCCUGGGUGGGCUACGAGCACGCCUCCUACCAGGGCCAGCAGUUCGUGCUGGAGAGGGGCGAGUACCCCCAGAGCGACGCCUUCGGGGGCAGCAACGCCUACCACAUCGAGAGGAUGACCUCCUUCAGACCCAUCGCCUGUGCCAACCACAGAGAGUGUCGUAUGACCAUCUACGAGCGUGAGAACUUCCUGGGCCGCAAGGGCGAGCUGAGCGACGACUACCCCUCCCUGCAGGCCAUGGGCUGGUGCAACAACGAAGUGGGCUCCCUGAGGAUCCAGUCCGGAGCCUUCGUGUGCUACCAGUACCCCGGUUACCGUGGUUACCAGUACAUCAUGGAGUGUGACCGUCACUGUGGGGAGUACAAACACUUCAGGGAGUUCGGCUCCCACUGCCAGACCCCUCAGAUCCAGUCCAUCCGCCGCAUUCAGCAGUAACCGCCUCCGCCCUCCGGACCACCCCCCUCCCCCCGCCCCACCCUCCUCCUUCUCUCUCCCGUGUGACCUUUGA